GCGGGCGAGACGCGGGGAUGGCGGGCGCCGGGGGCGAAGCGCGGUUCUCGGGGCUGUCGCUGGUGCAGCUCAACGAGCUGCUGGAAGACGAGGGGCAGCUGGCGGAGAUGGUGCAGAAGAUGGAGGAGACACAGAAUGUUCAGCUUAACAAAGAAAUGACGUUGGCCAGCAACCGAAGCCUGGCAGAAGGAAACCUUUUGUACCAGCCCCAACUGGAUACUCUGAAAGCACAUUUGACCCAAAAAUACCAGGAACUCCAGGUUCUCUUUGAAGCCUAUCAGAUAAAGAAGACCAAAUUGGAUAAACAGUCUAACAGCGCUUCCUUGGAGACCCUGUUAGCACUUCUUCAGGCAGAAGGGGCCAAGAUUGAGGAAGACACUGAGAACAUGGCAGAGAAGUUUCUCGAUGGAGAGCUUCCUCUAGACUCCUUCAUUGAUGUCUACCAGAGCAAGCGGAAACUGGCCCACAUGCGAAGAGUUAAAAUCGAGAAACUCCAGGAGAUGGUGAUGAAGGGGCAGAGACUUCCGCAGGCCCCAGCUCCGGCUCCACUGCUGCCCAGGGUGCCUGAGCCGGUGCCCGCUGCCCCCCUGCCCUACCCCGCCCCGGAGGCCAGCGGGCCCCCCUCUGUCGUGCCUCGGCGCAUCCCACCCCCACCGCCCCCGGUGUCUGCAGGACGCUUAGCCACGCCGUUUACCGCUGCCUUGGGCUCGGGACAGGCCUUUCCGUACCCAGGAUCACAGUGCCCGCCCUUGCCCCCCCGCAUCAGCCUCCCCCCCCAGCAAGGAUUCUCCACACAGUUUGUGUCACCGUACCCGCCAGCUCUCCCCCCGAGACCCCCGCCCCGGCUGCCUCACCAGCCAGGCUUCAUCCUCCAGUGAGUGGCCCUCGUCCUUCCUGAGAGACUCCCUCCACCUGCGCCUGCUGGCAGGGGUUCUGCACACACUGGGGAGGCUUCGAGGACCAGGUGCUCUGCCGAGGGCUCUGGUGCCCUGGCCAGCAUGUCCGUCUGAUGUUAGCUGUAGGUCAGUGGUAAGUAGACGUAGAAACCCGUUUUGUACACCCAGGCAGUUGUGUGUGCUGGGCCUCGGCCUGGCAUCCCUGUGGUUGCACUGGUUUGCGUUCUCAGUAUGAUUUCUAAGUCUUGUAGUGUUGAUGAACUCAUGAGUUUGGGGGAAAAAGCCUCCCUCCAUUCCCAUUUAGAAUCGUGGUCCUCCUGUUGCAACUUUAUUUAGUAAGCAUGGUUCAUCAUUUCUGCUUUAUUUUCGAAAGACAGAUCUGUGUGUCCCAGCCCGCUGCAGCCCCUGGUACGGGUUGGUCGGGUGGGCCAGCCCAGAAGGUGCUUACUGAAUCUGUGUGGGGUGGUCGUCACAGUCACCUCACCUCCCCUGAACCUGGAUGUUUCAAAGCCACACGCAGAGUUUGCACUUGGCCCACGGCCACGGCCAGAGGCCGGGCGACUUGCGGCCGGGCCUGAGGAGAUGGCUGUUGAGCUGGACUUUGCACAGCAAACGGUGUUCCGGGCUCCUCCUCCUCGCCCUCCGCCUUGAGCCAGCCCUGAGGGUUUCUAUGAAGAAAUACUCCCCCGAUAUUUUUACUACAUGUGUAAUUUUCCUGUUUUAUAUUGGCAAAGAAAACUUUGACACUCACAAGACCAUUCAGGGAAACUUUAUAAAAAUGCACGUAUUGUUUUGAGCAGAUUGAAAUGCAGAUGAAGUGAAUGCAAUUUCCUUUCUUGGAAGUAGUGCACGGUCACACCUGCAGUCCGUGCUGUGCCUUAGCUUCACCUGGUGCCAGUGAGGGGCGGCCGUGGCUCCCCUGUGGGCCCUCAUGACGGGCAGACGGUCAGGUGGCUGUCACUAGCUGCUGUUCCCGCCACCCUUGGCGGCUCUAGGUUCCGGAGGGGCUUGUUCAUGUUGUUUUGUUGCAGCUGGAAGAAAAGUCUGCCCGCCUUGACCCAGGAUCCUCUUAGCCAGUAUUCUCUGCCCCUGGCUGGCUGGGCCUCAGGACAUGAGUGGGGCAGGGACGCCAGCAGCAUUUCAGCUUGGUUUGGAGAAACCCCGCUCCCUGAGGUCAGAGGGUGGCAACACUCACACGCUCUGGCAGCACCCCAGGCUCUUCCUUCCCCUCUGGGUUCUCACCUGCAGGUGCCCAAUUCCCUGGGCUGAUGGGGGUGAGGGGGAGGGCCACCCCCCAUCUGUUGACAAAAAAGGCCUGUGUGCUAAUUGGUGAACUUCUGGCCCCAGCCUGUGACCACCCACCCAGCUGGCUGCUGCCCAGGUGGCAGAAUCAAGGCAGAACUCAAACAGGGUCUAUCCCAGCAGACCAUGGGCAAGGCCACCAACCUUUGUACUCAAUUACUGUACAGUUCUGCUCCUGGACUUGAACUCUGUCAUAACUGUCUUUUUGAAAACUGUACAGAACAACUCUCUGCCCUGCCAAUCAGGUGGGCCUGCCGUGUUCUGUG